UCAGGAAUUGCGACUUUGGGAGAUGGGCAGAGCAAGAAAACGUUUCCGAACCUCAGCUCUAGCUUGCUUUUGGUUGCUUCAUAAUAUACUUGGAUUCGUGAUUUUGAUGAAAUUCGUUAUUUCUCUCAUCUCUUAAAGUUUGUGGAUCGCUGUCAGGACAAGAUUGAGGAUAUAAGUAAGACAUUAGAUUUCGAAAGAAUGGAUUCCGUGGAUAAAGAAGAAAAAGUUGAUCGACCCGAGGAGACAGGUCGUAACAGUGGGACGACCGAUUCUCCAGUUCCUCCACAAGGAGAUGAUGACGGUCUUGUCGAAUAUGUUCCUGAUUUGGGUAAAGAUGAUAGUAAUCAGGUCGAUAACCGAGGUAUCGCGGUUGGUGGGGAUGAUAACGACGAUAACCUGUCUUCCUACUACACAUCUUCCGAGGACUAUGUGCCCCAGCACGUUCAGAAACUAUAUCAUACGACAAAAAUAGCAAGAACAUCGUCUGGUAUUUCUGAGAAAGAAAAUGUGCCCAUUUCUUCAUCAUCAACUGAGACAGAUAAGGAGGAGAAACUACAGGAAUCCGAUAAAGCCUGGAACCCAAUGAAGACUGACUGCGACACGGCACAAAAUGUGAUUUCUGCCGAUAUCGACCAAAGUGCGGGGGCAUUUUUCAUGGGAGUCAAACACCAGGAGAAGUCAUUGGCUGAGACGCCAUGUCCGUUUUACAAAGGGGAAGGCAAAUACUGCUGGAAGGGGAUGAGGUGUCGAAUGUUGCAUAAAGUUGUGGAGGUCUCUGAUCUGGGAAAGGAAAGGGUUACCAGUUCUUACACUUUGGAUAACAAGCCCCAUUUACAACAUGGAAUGUGGAUUGAUGUUAAAGUUGUGCACAUCGUCUCGCCCUCGGAGUUUUACGUAAUUCCUAGAAAGACGGCGGAAUGCAUUUGUCGAGCUGCAUUUCCACCUGCAGCCUCAAAGAGUACACCGCCCGUGAAUCCGAUGAUGAAUGAUGGGUCGAUGAGUAAUAUUCCAGACACGGGGACCGAAGAGUUUGGCACAGGAGUCGAAGCGUUUGAUAAGAUUAAGGCCAAACUGAACGAACUUUUGGAACCCAAUAUGGCAUGGCGUCAACGCCAAUCUGCCCAUUACGCUUUGACGGAACUGGUCGCUGUGAAGCGUACGGAAAAUGGAGUGCGAACUUGGCUCCGAGGUGUCGUCCUAGAGGCGAACCUUACUAAUGUUGCUGACCGUGAAAUUCCAUACCAUAAAGUUCAACUGAUUGAUGCCGGUGAAGUUUUGACGCUCCGGGCGGAUGAAAUGUGCUCCCUUCCAGUGUACGUGAGCUAUUAUCCUGCUCUGGCCUACAAAUGCUGUCUUAAGGGGGUUGUACCCGUGGGGAAUAUCUGGUUGAGAAGAGCAUCGGUUGCCUUGCAGAGGAUGACGACUGGAACAAAUAUUAAGAUGAACGUCACUAAAUCGAAUAAAUCUGAUGCCGUGUGCAAGACACUCGAGGUUGCUCCAUAUCUAGUUGACCUGUUCGUUCCAAGGCUAAACGUUCCUCAAGAUCUGACCAUUGAAACGUCCGCCCCCAUGGUUUCAGCCGCUGAAGUCCUGACAGGCAACGCCUUGGCACUCGACUUCAACCAAUUCCCUAGACGGCCAAUUUUGAACCAGUUUUUUGACCAGAAGAUGCUGUUUUCUCCCAUCAAUCCUAACGUGAAUGCUGAGCCAACCAAGAUGCUCGCUAAAGAUUUCCAAUUUCUGACAGCGACCGAUAAGAACGAAGAAGAUGAGAAGGAAAAGAAAAAAGAUGCCGAUAAUUACUCAUUAUACUCAGCAUCAGUUGCGUCCACUUUACCAUCCAGUGAACAACAAUGAUUUUCUAAAAUUGUUGAAUUUUGAUUUAAGUGAAUCAUUAAAUACACUUUGUUAAAAUUAA